AACCGAAUUUCAUUUAUAUGAAUUGUGUGAAAAAGAAAAUCUCGUCUACUUUGUCUACCGCCGGUCCACCACCGCCGCGUUUUCAUUUUUUUUAACUCAAAAAAAGAAGUUGUCCUCUCCUUUUUUGUGAAGUUAAAAUAUAAAUAAAUUAGUGUCGAGUUGAUAAUUAAUUAAUUCCAAUCAACAAAUAAAACAUCCGAGUGCGAAUAAUUGCGAUUAAAAUCGACAUAAAAUGGAUCAGACCAAGCUAACAGAGCUCUUACGAGCAACAAUAGAUCCUUUGCCCGACCAACGAAAACAGGCUGAAGAACAAUUAUCUCAGAUUCAAAAAAUCAUUGGUUUUGUUCCGACAAUUUUACAAAUUGUAAUGAAAAACACUGUUGACCAGCCAGUUAGACAGGCCGGAGCUAUCUACCUCAAGAAUUUCAUCACUAACAAUUGGUCGGAUCGCGAAACAAAGCCAGGCGAGGCAAUCAUAUUUUCCAUCCAUGAACAAGAUCGUGCAAUGAUCCGAGGAAGUAUUGUUGAUGCUAUUGUUCACGCUCCUGAUUUAAUUAAGGUGCAAUUAGCAAUUUGUGUCAAUCACAUCAUCAAAACUGAUUUCCCCGGAAGAUGGCCACAAGUAGUUGACAAUAUAAGCAUUUACCUUCAAAAUAUGGAUGUAAACAGUUGGAAUGGUGCUCUCCUUACAAUGUAUCAAUUGGUUAAAACAUACGAAUACAAGAGAUCCGAAGAGCGUUGUCCCUUGAACGAAGCAAUGAACUUACUGCUGCCUAUGAUCUACAAUUUGAUGGUUAAUCUAUUGAAUGACCCAUCAGAACAAAGUGUGCUGUUGCAAAAACAAAUUCUUAAAAUCUACUAUGCACUGACACAGUAUAGUCUGCCCCUUGAAUUGAUCACAAGAGAAAUGUUCUCACAGUGGAUGGAAAUAUGUCGACAAGUUGCUGCACAACCUGUACCCGAUUGUUCACAUUUGGAUGAAGACGAAAGACCCGAAUUUCCUUGGUGGAAAUCGAAAAAAUGGGCAUUGCGUAUUAUGGUACGCAUGUUUGAAAGAUACGGAAGUCCGAACAAUUGUGUGAGCGAAAAAUAUCAAAAAUUCGCCGAAUGGUACCUGCCAACAUUUACAUCUGGUGUCUUGGAAGUUUUGCUGAAAAUACUCGAUCAUUAUAGAAAUCAAAUCUAUGUUUCACCGAGGGUUUUGACAAAUAUUUUAUCAUAUCUUAAAAAUGCUGUCAGCCAUGCAUAUUCAUGGAAACUUAUUAAACCCCAUAUGGUUGCUAUUAUUCAAGAUGUUAUAUUCCCAAUUAUGUCAUUUACUGAAUCUGAUCAAGAUUUGUGGGAAAGUGAUCCACAUGAAUAUAUUCGAUUGAAAUUUGAUAUCUUUGAGGAUUAUGCUUGUCCAGUUCCUGCAGCACAAACACUUUUGCAUUCGUGUUGUAAAAAACGAAAGGGAAUACUUCCAAAGGCUAUGAAUAUCAUAAUGCAGAUAAUCACAUCACCUAAUGCUGAUAACAAACAAAAAGAUGGUGCACUUCAUAUGAUUGGUACACUUGCCGAUGUUCUUAUGAAAAAACGUGUCUAUCGUGACCAACUCGAAACAAUGUUAACAACCUACGUAUUCCCGGAAUUUGCUAAUCCCGCUGGACACAUGCGAGCACGUGCCUGCUGGGUUGUACACUACUUCUGUGACAUCAAACUGAAAAAUCCACAAAUCCUAGGAGAAAUUAUGCGUCUAACAUCGAAUGCCUUAUUAACUGACAAAGAAUUGCCAGUUAAAGUAGAAGCCGCUAUUGGCUUACAACAUUUCCUAUCAUCCCAAGACGAUGCAGCACCUUUUGUCGAACCACAAAUCAAAGAAAUCACCAAGGAGCUACUAACUAUUAUACGAGAGACUGAAAAUGAAGAUUUAACAAAUGUUAUGCAAAAAAUUGUUUGUACCUUCACCGAACAAUUGCUACCAGUGGCCGUUGAGAUUUGUCAACAUUUAGCAACGACAUUUAGUCAAGUUUUGCAAUCUGAAGAGGGUUCUGAUGAGAAGGCAAUUACAGCCAUGGGUCUACUCAAUACAAUUGAGACACUUUUGAAUGUAAUGGAAGAACAUCCCGAAAUUAUUGCAAAUCUUCAUCCAAUUGUUAUUAAUGUUGUGGGGCAUAUCUUUCAACAUAAUAUUACUGAUUUCUACGAAGAGACCUUCUCUCUGGUUUAUGAUCUUACUGCUAAGUCAAUAUCCCCCGACAUGUGGCAUAUGUUGGAGCUUAUCUACCAAGUGUUCAAGAAAGAUGGUAUUGAUUACUUCAUUGACAUUAUGCCUGCGUUACACAACUAUGUGACGGUUGACACACCAGCAUUUCUCUCGAAUCCUAACCGAUUAUUGGCCAUCUUUGAUAUGUGCAAAACUAUGCUAACAAAUAGUCCUGGUGAAGAUCCAGAAUGUCAUGCAGCCAAGCUGCUUGAGGUUAUUAUUCUUCAAUGCAAGGGACAAAUUGACUCAGUCAUCCCCAUGUUUGUUGAAUUGGCUCUAUCCAGAUUGACCCGUGAAGUUCAGUCAUCUGAGUUGCGAACAAUGUGCUUGCAGGUUGUUAUUGCAGCUCUUUACUAUAAUCCUCAAUUGUUGUUAUCGAUUUUGGACAAAAUGUCGCAACCAAAUAACGAACCAAUUAGCUCGCAUUUCAUCAAACAGUGGCUCCAUGACACUGAUUGCUUCCUUGGCAUUCACGAUAGAAAACUUUGUGUCCUUGGUCUGUGUACAUUAAUAUCAUUGGGUGAAGCUAAACCACAAGUUUUAAGUGAAGUAUCUGGCAAGAUUAUUCCUGCAUUAAUCCUACUUUUUGACGGUCUUAAACGUGCUUAUCAAGCUCGUGCUGUGGAUGAGGAAGAAGAAGAAAGUGAAGACGAAGAUGAUGAUGGCUGUGAAGAAGCCCUGUCAAGUGACGAAGAUGAAAUUGAUACUUUUGCACCAAACUACUUAGAACAAAUUUCUGAAUUUUCGAGAAAGAAAGGCCUUGAAGCUGGUUUUGAAAUGAAGGCUGAAUUCAAGGAAGAGAAAGACGACGACGAAGAUUCAGAAGAUAACGAAGAAGAGUCUGUGGAUGACUUGAACGAAACAGCUUUGGAGAGCUUUACAACUCCACUUGAUGAAAACGAAGAUGAAACAGCUAUUGACGAAUAUGUCAUAUUCAAAGAAAUCAUUGCCGGACUUUCUACGCAAGAUCAGCCCUGGUAUGGUCUUUUGACUUCUGGCUUGACUCCAGAACAAGCUAAAUCACUUCAAGAAGUCGUAGUUACUGCUGACCAACGAAAAGCACAAAGAGAGUCAAAACUAAUCGAAAAACGUGGCGGUUUCCAAUUUACUCAACAACAAAUUCCCAGCUCAUUUAAAUUUGGAUCUUAAUCCUGGUUUAUAAAAAAACAAAAAUAUUUAUAUGCAACAUACAUACACCACGAUUAGGCAAAGCUAUAUCCCUUCCACAAAGAAAAAAGAAAAGAAAAUCAUUGUUUUUAUUAUUAUUAUAACUUUCUACACGUUGUGUUUUAACUUUUUUUUUAUUAUUAUAUUAUGUGUUAGUAGGUUUGCAGUAACUUACAAGGAACGAAUUUUAUUCAAGGCAGCACACUAAAGUGUUCAAAAGCAAAUAAAA